AUGAAGGGAGUGAUGAGAUUCGGCAGGAAGGGGAACCUCAGUCCGAGAUACAUUGGGCCUUAUCAGAUUGUUCGUAGGAUAGGCAAGGUUGCCUAUGAGUUGGAUCUACCAUCUGAUUUGGAGGCGGUACAUCCAGUCUUCCAUGUAUCGAUGCUACGUAAAUGUAUUGGUGAUCCUUCUAGAGUAUUCCCUGUAGAUAAUGUUCAGGUAACAGAGGAGUUGUCAUAUGAGGAGAAACCCGUAGCUAUUCUUGAUCGCCAGGUUAGAAGGUUAGGUACUAAGGAUGUGGCUUCCGUCAAAGUGUUGUGGCGAAUUAAUAAUAGGGAGGAGAUGACUUGGGAAGCGGAAGACAAAAUGAAGAAUAAGUAUCCAUACGUGUUCCCCGUACCUGCAGGUAAUUCAAUUCCUAGCUUGACUAUAUUGAUUGAUAAACGAGAUUAUGUAGUAAGUUGUGACCCUGUGAGGCAUCUGUAA